CGCAGAAAGCUGUGGAAGGGGCGACGGUGACUCCCGAGUGGUGCUGUGCAGUGAAUAGUGCAAAAAAAAUCAGGAGGCUGAUGCAGAAGAAGGACCAACUGUUCAUCCUGCUGAGAUGUCUUGUAGUCCAUCGUUAAUAGAACCGGCAUGUUCCAACUCUGACAUACAGGGAACCGCAAAAAUGAGAAAAAAGGACGCUACUUCCAGAUAUUUGGUUCCUCCUUCUGAUGAUAAUGAAAGUGAACAGUCAAAAUCUAUUCAAAGAAAGAGAGUGCUUCCAUCUUGGAUGCUGGAAAGAGAUCUCCUGGUUCAGAGGAUUUCUGAGCCUGUAAUGAAAGGAGGCAGUAGAAUGAAAAAAGGCCAAGGAAGGGGAGAAAGUAAUAUGGGGUCAUUGAAAUCAGAAGUAAAGGCGCAGCAGAAAAAAAUAUUAGCCUCUGAAGAAACUAUAGAGGAUUUUGAAGGUGAAGAGCAAGAUCAAGGGAAAAGGAGCUGUCUUUCCAUCCCUGUCCCUUCGUCUCAGAAUACAUCUGGAUUUCCUCUUGAGAGUACCAUGAGAAACAUGGAAGGAAAUGGCAAGACUGGAACAAAAAACCCUGGAAGUUCUCUGGAAAAAAAUGAUAGGCAGCUGCAUAGUAAAUGGUCUAAAAGAAUAGGUCAGAUCUCCAGUAAAACAAAUAUAACUGACGAAACAGAAAACAAAGAGCAGAUUACUGGUUCUACAAGCCAACAAGCUCACUGGGGCAGGACUUCCCAAUUUGGUGCCCAGGAAGGGAUUCUUGAGCCUGAUGCAAAUCUGGAUUACGAGACUGAGAUUUCUGAUUCAACCAGAAGUGCAGAUGCUUCAGAAAGCUCCAAACAGAUCAAGCAUAAGAGGACACCUUGCAUGUAUGGAACAGGCUGUUACAGGAAGAAUCCCAUUCACUUUCAGCAGUUCAGUCACCCUAAUGAUGAUGACUAUCAUGAAACGGAGAUCGUAAUUCAGGAUAACAAUGAUAACCGGCCUGAAUGUCCAUAUGGAACGGCUUGUUAUAGGAAGAAUCCACAGCACAAGCUAGAAUACAAGCACAGUGCACCUCCAGUAACUGCAAGAGGAACCAGACAACGAACUUCGAAAAACGGAAAAAGGACUGUGGAGAAAGACGGUGCCAAUGAUGAUGAACCAAAUGAUUAUGACCUUAAUGACAGCUUUAUAGACGAUGAGGAAGAGGAGUGCGAAGCUACUGAUGAAGACUCUGACUGGGAACCAAGUUCAGAAGACAAGGAUAACGAAGAUGUUGAAACACUUUUGCAAGAAGCAUGUAGAUUUGUUAAGACCAAAAAGUAGCUGCACAGAACAUUACGAAUGUCCAAUGUGGUUGUGUUAAAACAUGGAUGUGCAGGGAGAGGAAUUGCUUUGAAAACUGUUUUUUCUUCAGUGAUGUAGGCACUACAGGAAGAUCUUAAUGGGGCC